AUGUCGGCCAAAACUAAAUCCACUCGGGAAGCAUACGAUGGAUCGGUAACUGGCCAUGUCUCGGACAAUGUCAUCGACAGACACGUGACAGACACAGGACACAGCCAGAUAUCAUCGGGUCAUGAAGUCAAGACCGACGAGAACGCCAGGACCGUCGUACAGCCUCGUAAGGCCUCGUACGGCCUCGUACAGGCGCUCAUAUCCAUCAGCGGAUAUUCGUAUUCGAAACCUCCCAGCAUAACAGUCACCCAAAGAAAAGCUCGCUUCGGAACCAGAUCCCUCGUGCCGGCCGCCAGCAGCUCGUUCAAACUACUACUGGUCGCCACCUAA